GGUCGAAUAGAGGCAGUGCACAGGGUUAUUUUCUCGCUGGGGGAUCGAUGUUGUGGUUUCCGGUUGGGGCAUCGCUAUUUGCAAGUAACAUCGGCAGUGAACAUUUCAUAGGACUAGCUGGUUCUGGAGCUACCUCUGGUAUUGCAGUGGCUGCAUUCGAACUCAACGCGUUGGUGAUAGUCCAGUUACUAGGAUGGAUAUUUCUACCUGUCUACUUAGCUGGAGGGAUCUUUACAAUGCCAGACUAUCUCCAGAAGAGGUUUGGUGGCAAGAGGAUCCAGAUGUACAUAUCCCUCCUCUCACUAGCACUCUACAUCUUCACUAAGAUCUCGGUUGAUCUCUACUCAGGAGCACUGUUCAUUGAGCAGGCCUUACAUUGGAAUCUUUAUGUGGCUAUUCUAUCUCUCCUGGCUAUAACUGCAUUGUACACAGUGACAGGUGGACUAGCUGCAGUUAUUUUCACCGAUACCCUUCAAGCUGUUAUAAUGCUAAUAGGAGCAACGGUGCUGUGUAUCAUGAGUUUCAUCGAGGUAGGAGGUUACUCUGAAAUGAAGGAGAAGUUCCUAUCUCCAUUGGCCUAUGCCAACAUCUCCAAGCUGGACCCUAGUAACGACUGUGGGAAGGCUCCCAAUGAUUCCUUCAGUUUGCUGAGGGAGCCUUCAGACGAUGAGCUACCUUGGCCGGGAUUCAUAUUUGGACAAUCUAUUGCUUCACUGUGGUACUGGGCCACUGAUCAGGUAAUUGUACAGAGAGCCCUGGCGGCCAAGAACCUGUCACAUGGUCAGGGCGGUACCCUGAUGGCUGGUGUCCUGAAGAUAUCGCCAAUGUUCCUCAUCGUCAUGCCUGGCAUGAUCAGUCGUGUUCUUUAUCCAGACGUCGUAGCUUGUGUUGAUCCCGACGUUUGCCUGGCUGCAUGCAACAAUGCAGCAGGAUGCUCCAAUUUGGCGUAUCCCUUAUUGGUCAUGAAGAUCCUGCCCAUAGGUGUGAAGGGACUAAUGCUAGCCGUGAUGCUCUCAGCUCUAAUGAGUUCAUUAACCUCCAUCUUUAAUAGCGGAAGUACCAUCUUCACAAUGGAUGUCUGGAGGAAUCUCAGAAAGUUCCCCAGCGAUGCGGAAAUGAAGAGUCUAGAUUUGAAGACACGGCGGAAGAAAGAGCUUGAACUUAUGAUUGUUGGAAGAGUGUUCGUCUUGGUGCUGGUGUGUGUCAGUGUUCUUUGGGUUCCGGUCGUUCAGCAGUCCCAGGGAGGGCAACUCUUCCAGUAUAUUCAAGAAAUCUCGGCCUAUCUAUCCCCUCCGAUUGCGUCUGUCUUUGUGUUGGGGAUUGCUUGGGAACGCAUAAAUGAACAGGGUGCUUUCUCUGGCUUAAUGUGCGGACUCGCCGUUGGCAUUACGCGUAUGAUCCUGGAUUUCAUCUACGAGAAACCAGCGUGUGGCAUGAUGGAUGAGCGCCCCCUUGUGGUCCAGAAACUCCAGUUUCACUACAUGUACUUCGCCCUGCUCUUAUUCGGCAUCACAUGCAUCGUCGCGAUUUGCAUCAGCUAUGCUACGCGGAAAGUACCGAAAGAAUAUCUUUAUCGUCUGACCUACAACACCCGCUUCAACACCAAAGAACGCCUGGACAUCAACAACUUGCACAAGCGUAGAAAAACACCCCUUGACAGGAAUGGUACAGACAACCUCAGCAUGGAGGUGAUAGAGGUUAAGAAAGGCAGUGAGGGCUCUUCCAUUGACGAUGAGGGGUAUGAUGCGAAUCCACAGAAUGGGAAGGAUGUUGAGAAAUACCUAGAGGCAGGGAAUGAUGAUAUGACAGCUCCUGUUGAUGUUAGAAUCAGCAGAUCAAGUUCCGACACCGAAGCAUCUACCAGUCACUCCCUCUGCUGGAAGUUCUACAACUGGUUCUGCGGCUUCUCAACCAACAGCCCCGAGGAGAAGAUGACCGCGGCCAGACGGAGGCUCGUGGAGCGUAAGCUGAUGUCCAAGCUCCACCAGACCAAACGAGACAAGGUCAUCUUGAAUACCUUCUUGGUGGUCAUACUCUCUGUUGCCGUCUUUCUGUACAGCUUCUGGGCAUAAAAAGCUUCUGGGCGUAAGAGGCGUAAGAAGCUUCUGGGCUUAAGGGCCUUAACAAGGUCAUCUUGAAUACCUUCUUGGUCGUCAUACUCUCUGUUGCCGUCUUUCUUUACAGUUUCUGGGCUUAAGGUCAAACCCCACAAGCUCUUACAAUUGUAUUAAACCCAUUGAGUGCGUUGGGUGGACUCCUGUGCCCUUUAGAGUUAAUUUGACUUUAAUGUGAUGUUCUCAUUUUGUCAUUUCAACCAACUGCCAUAGCCACAAAAUUGCACUGUCAUUUUAACCACCAGUAUUACAUUUUAAAUAUUUAAGCGCACAGUUCGAAUACCUUCAGUCUCUCAUUGUUUUUAUAAUAACAAGAGGUUGAUUGACAAAGAAAAGAAGAAAAACAAAGACAAAAUGUACAUUUUUUAUAGUUUUGAUUUUUACUUUGCAAUCUUUGCUUCGCAAUUUACUUUUAAUUUAAAAAAAGAAAACAAUUAAAUCUUUAUAAACUCAUUUAGAUUUCAUUUAAGUUUCUGAUUAUUACAUGUCUGUUUAUUUUUGUUUAACGGGAUGGUAUACCUUUGGUAAUUACUCAAUUAUUGAGCAUUAAAACUUACUUGGU